GAAACAGCAGAGCAACUUUAAAAGUCUUUCAGUGAACUCUGGCCCUCCCUGCUGGACACCAUCAAGUACUGACCACAGAGCUGUACAUAAAGACAACAUUACAUUUGAUGGUAUCCAGAUGUACACUCCCUGUCAAACAUUUUGAGACAGGUUCUAAUUUAUUUGAAUGAGAAAGUGUCUCAAAACCUUUGACAGGGGGUGUAGAUAUGCAAAGAGGAAGCACAGUGUAGUGAGACUUGUGAGGAUCAGGGCGGUAUUUUAAUAAUACAUGAGAGAAAAGAGGAUUUAAUAUUGUGUAAGGUAAAGUGGGAAUGUUUCUGCAUGUGUGCAUAUGUCUUUAUGUGCAUGUGUUAAGUCAACAUUUAAUGAAAUUAAUUCACUUCAUUUUUAGAACACACUUUGCUUGUAGGCAUGUUGCACUCUGAUCAAACAAGUAGGUAUUAUCAUACUGAGCAGUGAUGUAACUUCAAAGUGUGAAAACUGUGGUUUCAGUGUCUCAUCCUGUUUUCUCACACUUUGGGACAGCAUCAUGGUGGGAUGUUUCACGAGAAACCACAUUGCCAGAAACAAACAAAAAAAAGAACAGUUAUGCUCUGCUAUUAGUUCUAAAAUGUCUCCAACAAAAGCUGACUUUGCAGUAUAUAUUAAUAAGAUAAGAAGGUUCAUAAAAACAAAAUAAAUCUACAGAAAGAGUCAUAAAGACCAAGUGUACAAUGAGUAUGAAUGUGGAGUAAAAGUUAAAGAAGAGUCAGAGGGGAAGUGUAGGUGAAGUGAGAAAAAACCACAAACAGACUGCAAAGUGCUUUUUAAAGUGGUCGACUAUCCCCCCAAAAGGGAACAGUUUGCUUGUCGUCACAGCACAAUGCAUGUCCUACACAAGGUUCUGCUCUUUCACGUUCUUCUAUAUCUCGGACAAAAUGCACUUGGAAGUAAAAUCAUAAAAGGUACAGAUGCCAAGAAAAAGUCCAUGGCAUAUAUGGCAUCAGUGCAAAACAGCAAAGGCCAUGUAUGUGGAGGUUUCCUUGUUAGCAAAGACUUUGUAAUGACUGCUGCACACUGUGACAGCCAGAAUCCUACAAGCGUUGUUCUGGGCACCCACAGUCUCAAGAAUGUGAAUGAUGGCACUAUGAGAUACAUCAAAAAGAAGUGCAAACACCCAGAUUAUGACACUGUUAUAUCUGGGAAUGACAUCAUGCUCCUUAAAUUGUCUAGGAAAGCUUGCCUGGGCAAAAAAGGACCAAUUAAGCCAAUUAAAAUUCCGAGUAAUCCCAUCACCCUCAAAGAGAAACAAAUGUGCAGUGUAGCUGGAUGGGGGGCCACAAAGACUAAUGGUUCCAGUGUCGACGAGCUGCAAGUGGUUGACAUCCCCGUCAUUAACCCGAAAACGUGUCAGACGAUGUGGAAUGAUAAACUUCCUGCUAAUGUUGUCUGUGCAGGCGGAUAUGGCACAAACAAAGGAUUCUGUCAGGGUGAUUCUGGUGGCCCUCUGGUGUGCAAUGGGAAGAUGGCAGUCGGUAUUGUCUCCUUUAACAGCAACAACAAUUGUGACUACCCAAAUGUGCCCAACAUCUAUACAGACAUAUCAAAAUUCCUUCCCUGGUUCAAAAAAAUCCUCAAGAAAAAGCAGUGCUAAGUGCAACAAAAUGUUUUUGAAAUGUAUUGUGAAUGUAUUGCUUUGUCUUAUUAACUGCUUGCUGAGCCAAAUCAUUAUUUCCUUGUGUGAAAUCUGUCACCAAAAAAUGCAAGUGUUCUCUGAAAAUAGUUAUCACUGCUGACCAUGUUACUGCUCUCUUAUUGCUGCUUGAGACACAGAGAUUGUGAACCUUACAAGCCUCCACAGAAAAGAAGAGAAGCUUUUAUGACACUUCACUUAAAAAUCACAAUUCUGGCACCAGAAGAAAAAUCAUUUUCAAAAAAGGCAUGGGCUACAGCUUUUGCCGUGUGACGGUAGGAACAUUAAUGCUCAUAUAAUCAAUGGGAAUCUUAUCUUUGUGGUUCGUUACUUCAUUAAAUGUAGCUGCAUGUGCAUAAAAAGGAUGAGAAUAAGAGAAUGAGCAUGGUCCAAACGUAAUACAUAAAAAGAAUGAAAGUGUCACAGAUGCAAAAUGAAAACAAACGGGGAAUUAAACUAAAUAACUAAAAAGUAGCGAGGACAAUGAGUUAAUGCCUCUCUCCUCUUACCCCUGUCAUUGCAAUUACUUUUCUACUGAGAUAUAAGCAAAAAGAAAGAAAGAAAGCUGUAUGGGUAAACAGCCAUAACAAAAACUACCAGGCCCAACACAAAGGUUUGCGUUUCACUGAACUGUUGAGAUUCGUGAACGCAUGCGGAGAAUUUAGCAUUUUCUCAUGUAAAUGUUGAAGCCUUGCCACGUAACCAAGUCAUUUUUAAGGAAGCAAGCAAGUCAUAUUCAGUUUUGUACAUUAUUUCCUUUCACUGCAAUGCUCGUAGAAGCUGACAGCAAGUAAUUCUCAACUGAUUGUUAGAGUGAGUUACAAAAAAUAAACUAUUGGAAAAAC